AUGUCGUCCUCAACGCCUGCACCGUACUUGAUAUCCCCUUCACACCUUCGCGAACUCUUAUCCUCCAAUGGCGCCGUGUCAAUCCUCGAUGCAAGCUGGUUCAUGCCCAAUUCUCCUCGCAAUCCUCAAGAAGAAUUCUCAAAGAAACGUAUCGCUGGCGCCAACUAUCUUAGCCUUGAUGAAGUAGCUAGCCCAAACGAGCUCGGUCUGAAGCACAUGAUGCCCACUGAGCGCAUUUUCGCGGACGCAUGUGAACGUUUUGGAAUUGACCCCUCGUCUCACGUCGUUAUCUAUGACACACAAGGCGUAUUUUCGUCUCCUCGCGCGCUUUUCAUGUUCAGAGCAUUUGGACAUCAACGAUCCAGCGUCCUUGACGGUGGCUUACCUCGCUGGGAGGCUGAAGGCUUCUCCGUGGAGAGUGCACCUCCCGCACAAGUCCCGAAAUCGACAUAUCCUUCCCCCGUUUAUGAUAAGGACGUGAUAAAGAGCUACGACCAGAUGGUUUCCAACUCAAAUCUCACUCCUUCCUCAGACCCGAGUGCUGAGCUAGUGUUGGACGCACGAUCUCGCGGAAGGUACCUUGGAACGGACCCCGAGCCCCGUCCUGGGCUCUCUUCAGGCCACAUCCCACACUCAUUCUCUCUCCCAUUCAACACAUUCCUACAAACUAACACCCCUCUCAACUCUUCUGCAUCAUACACCACCUUCCUCCCCAUCCCCGAGCUGCGCCAAACUCUCGUGAACGCCGUAGGACCUGAAAACGCGGAACUGAUCAUCAACGGCGAGCGCCCGGUCACUACCUCUUGUGGGAGCGGUAUGACCGCAGGUGUGUUGUGGCUCGGCUUGAAGUUGCUAGGAACACCAAAGGUCGCCAUUUACGACGAAUCUUGGACUGGAUAUGCAGCUAGGGCAUCGAGUAAAAUUGAAAAGUCUGCAGAUUAA